AUGGGGGACGAGUCCCGGCAGGAUUCGUUCAACUCUUAUAUCCCCAUAUGGGACGGCAAUGCGGGGUCGAUGCGCAAGUUCAAGAAAUCCGUGACGUUGUGGCUGGCAGGCCUGGACUUGGAGCGCACGGCAUCGUACAACUUGGCCGCCCGUUUUCUUCUUCGGCAGACCGGCGCCGCGAGGGCGCGAGGUGAGGAAGAAGAUAUAGAUACGUUGGCCCACCGACCGGCGGUGGCUGACGUUGUGGGGACGGAGAUCCAGGCUGCCGACUACACGCACGGUGUGUGGCACCUGGUGAGGUGUUUCGAGGAGCUUGGGAAGACGGCUUCCGAAAAGCGAGGAGAGCUCCGGCAGAAGCUCUAUGUGAGCUUGCGUCUCGGCCCCAUUGAGCCGGUCACGAACUUUGCGUCGACCUGGAGAACACUGGUGGCCGAAUGCAUUGCCGAAGGCAUCCCGGUGACCCCUGUCGAGUCUGGAUGGCUCUUCAAGGAGAGGCUUGCCCUUACGGAAAUGCAGCGGCAGCUGCUGGAGACCGCCACCGGCGAGGAACUGGAGUUCGCUGUGGUGGAAAGAGAGGUGCUGCGACUCUUCCGAAGGGUGCACCUCACGCGGAGUGAGGCGGCCGGUGGAAGCCACCUUCGCUUCUGGCGCCAGGCCCCCUCGAGGCCUAGGACGGUGCCAUCUUCAGCUGCCUCGACGGCUUCAGGUGGCACUUCGCGUUUCAGGCGCUCGUUCAACCGCUCCCGAACUCCCGGUCAGGGCCCUUCCCAGGCCUUUGUGACCGAGGAACACUACGAGGAUGAGACGGAGGAGUAUGAAGACGAGCCUGAAGGAGAGACUGAAGCGUACGAGACAGCAGCUGAGGAAGAGGACGGCGGUGAAGCAGCCGCCGACGAGCUCGAGACCGAGCUAGAGGCGAUGGCCGCAGCACUGGAUGAAGGAGACGACCUGCCGCCUGAGGUGGCGGAAGAAGCGGCCGCGCAUCUGGAGAAUGCGGGGGAAGCUUUGGUGACCCUGCGGGAAGCAAGGCGGCAGAUCGCCGCCAUCCGCAAGGACCCGCCGGCGGAGGUGGACGUGGAACCGCGCCCGGGAAGGGCGCCGGCAGAGGAGUGUGCCACAACUGUGGUCAAGCAGGCCACUGGUCGAGAGAAUGCCCACACCCGCCGAAGGCCAAAGGGGGUCGGCAGAGGCCGUGGCAGGCCACAGCCGCCAAGCGGCAGCCAGAGCCCUGGCAAGCCGAGCCCAAGCAAAGGUGGCCGCUCUCCCAAGCACGUCCACUACACGGAGACUGAAGCCAACGUGGUGGACUUCAUGGACCAUGGGACCAGCGUAGAAGUGGAUGAGUUUGAGGUGAUGAUGACGCUGGCGGAGGCACUUGAGGUGUCGAGCCUCCCGAAGAGGGGCUCCCCAGCCACGUUGCUGGGCGCCAUGGACUCGGCGUGCAACCGGACCUGUGCCGGACCGGAGUGGAUCAAGCAAGCUUUGGCAGCUAUCCCUCCGGAGUACCUCAGCUUGGUCGUGGAAAACCACGAAGCUGAGAGGUUCAGGUUCGGAAACAACCAGACACUGGUAAGCAGCAGGAGGGUGCGCAUCCCUUGCUGUCUGGAAGGACAUGUGAUGCUGCUCUGGGUUUCGGACGUGCCAAACCCGAAGCUUGGUUGUCUGGUGGGCCGAGACUGCAUGGAGGCACUUGGCGCUGUGUUGGACUUCGAGGACCACACGGCCCCGUUCAAGACCUUGGGUCUGGGACCCCUGAGGCUGCCCCAGCUGAUGCUAGGCAGAAACGGUGUGGUCGAGCUACAGCUCGGCUUCGGAGCGUGGAUGCGUCUGCGCACAAAGGCGGCUUGGCAGCUGAUGCUUACGGUGUCUGAGUCGUUUGUGUCAGAGCAAGCGGUGGUUGACUCGAGGGCUGCACUCACGUCGACGAGCGUCUCAGUGAGCAAGCCUACCUCCAAACCCGCAGCCGUUUUGCUCGAGAGCCCCAAGACGACGCAGACCCCUAGUGUGAGCCAUGCUCCAAUGGUGGUGCGUUUGCGCGAGCGUUUGGCCUGGCACUGGCAGGGCUUACUGCUGUGGCUGGUGCGCAUGCCUCAACUGCGCUUCGCCCCCUUCCCGUGGAAGUCGGUAACCGGCCCGAAGGAAUGGCAAGAACAGUCCGAGGGCAUGGUGCGACGAGGAGCGUGGCCACGGCGCUGGUACAUUGGCGCUGUGGAGAACCGCGUGUUCUCAGGAGUGAACCUCGGCCACUCGGUGAGCCUGAGGAACAAGUGCGGUUUGGCGUUUGCCUUCCUCGAGGACGAGAUCGUGCUAGAAGGGCUGAGGGCUCUAAAGGCACCGAAAGGAGUGCGCUCGAGGUUGCAGCGAAUGCAGCUGGAGGAAGCCAAGAAGGCACAAAGCGAAGUGAAGGAGGUGCGCGAAGAGCGCAUGCGGGCGCUGUUGGGGCCAAGGGGAGGCCUACCGCGCCUGCGAGCCGAGUUGCUCGAGCUGGCGGUGUUGUUGCGGGUGGACAUCGAGGAGAAGGACACCGUGGAAACGAUCCGCAAAAAGGUGACGCCGGUGGCCCGCGCAAUCGCGCUGCCGCCUCCACCGUCACAGGCCAGCUCAAGCUCGGAAGACCGCAGGACCGAUGGGGACGGGUUCGGAAUUCGUGCCACCAACCCGCCUGGCCGCUCCACCCAUGGAGGAGGAGGUGGUGCCAUCGGACGACAGCUUCAGGAUGAUUACGUCGGAGGAGCUGGCCGAGCAGAUGGCCGGCUUGGACGCCUACAUGGCGCCCUGAAGCCUGGACUGAAGCAGGUCGUGGCCCAGGCCACGGCCAAGGCGCUGCGGCAGGCUAGUGCGUCGGCCUCGCCGGCAGCAGUGCAUGAAGCACUCCAAGUGCUGGCGAAUGCAGAGGAGGCAGCUGCAUUCCACGACUGCUUUGUGCAAGCAGCUGAUUCGGAAGUCGCUGCUCAUUUUGAGCGGCGUGGGCACGGAACCCGUGCUUACUGUCCGGAUGCCUACGGCCACGUCGGCGUAUUCCGUGCCAAACGCGGCGCGCGGAGGACCGGCCGGUUGUACUUUGCCAUGGUUGGCCCGGCGCACACCUGGCGCAAGGCGGUGCAACCAUGGCUCGGGCCAGACCUGGGUCUGGAAGCCGUUGGUACAGCAGGUCUUGUCCUUAGCAACCUGCCGACCGUCCUGGAUGGUGCCCGCGACGGGCGCUAUGCGACCUUCUGGCACCUUCGACGUGCCCUUCCGCGACUUUUCGAGCGACGUUUCGACUCCUUUCACUCUACCCUGGCCGUCGACCAACAAAACAAUUUAGAUGGGGGUGAGAGUCGUGCGUUCGAAAACUCGCCGGAUACUGCAGGGGAACCGCCUGCUGGAGGCCUGCCGUUUCCCUUUCGUGCGGUCGAAAACUCACCGGACACAGUGGAAGGUCAGGAAGAGCAGGAGGAAAUGGACGCCCUGGUCAAGGACGCGCCUAAGCCGACGAAGGAGAUCGUGCAGGCCGUGGCAAAGCUUCACCGGAACACGGGCCAUGUCUCUAAGCGAAGACUGGCCAGAGCUUUGGCUGUUUCCGGGCCCCGCCCGUGGUUAUCAGAGCCGCUCUGGAGCUUCGUUGCGAGAUUUGUGCCGAGGAGGCACGGCCGAAGACGCGGAUGCCCGCGAGCCUUCCAAGGGCUUCGCACUUUGGAGACCGGGUGCAUGGAUGGAGCCGGACAAACUCGGUGGGUGGCCCACUGGGUGGACGUGGCAACGCGCUACCAGGCGUGUACCCUUCUCCGAAGCAAAACUGCUCAGGAGGUCGGUGCCACUCUUGCAGAGUGGACGCGGAUCUUCGGAGCGCCCAAGACGCUGGUGGUGGAUAUGGGACCGGAGUUCGUGGCUGAGUCCUUCCAGGACCUCUGUGACUUCUACGACACGGUUCUACACCAUAUACCGGUCGAGGCGCCUUGGAGAAACGGCGUGGCCGAGCGAGCAGGAGCUUCUACUAAGGCGGUGCUUCAGAGGCUGGUGAAGGAGUACCUGCCGGUGACUGAGGGUGAUGUGUCUCAGGUUGUGACCGCCGCGGCGGGCGCAUACAAUGACGACAUCAACGACUCGGGCUACUCGCCUUCCCAGGCAGUCUUUGGACGACAGCCCAAGGGCUUCGCAGACUGCUUAGCCCCGGGUCUGGCCCAGACGGCGCUGACAAACGAGCCUUCGUUCUGCCGGGCCUUGGCGAUCCGGGAAACCGCGAGAGUGGCUAUGCUUCGGCUGCACUACUCGCAGGCGAUGAGCAAGGCCUUGCUGGCCCGCUCAAGAGCCCCACACCCUGAGCACUACAAUGCGGGGGACGUGGUGUACUUUUACCGGCGACAGAAGUCGAAGCCUGGAAAGAAGCUGCAGCUGAAGGCUUGGCAUGGGCCAGCCUUGGUCGUGGCCAUGGAAGGGCCCGACGAGAACCAGCUGAGCGCCUAUGUGGCGUACCGGGGCAACGUGACCAAGGUUGCCAUUGAGCACCUGCGGAAGGCCUCAGCCCUGGAAAGGCUGGCGGCCACUGACUGGGCCCCUGCCCUGCAGACCGUGCUCAACGAGGUGACAGACGCCCCGGAGCCGGUGCCUACGGAAACUACCGCGGAGGCACCUGCGGAGGAAGACCAUCGCCACGUUGUCGUCGCUGGCGCCGUGGGAAAAGGAGUCGCACAGUGUCUAUACCGAAAGCGCUCCCACGAGUCUGUGACGGCGGGCGAGAGUUCGGAGCGACCCGCUUCGAAAGCCAAACCCCUCGGGGAGCCUGUGGUGGGCGAACCGAUGGAUGGUACAUCCGAGGCCUUGGGCCUACGUGACGCUGCUGUGGAAAGCGCGGCGCCCAGUGCGCCGGAACUGGUUCCCAUACCAGAGGAAACCGCGGGAGAGAGCCCGGAAGCCCAGAGCUCUCCUGUGGACGAGUCGACCUCGGCUCCUAUGCCCGAUGGACGCUCGGUGGACGUCUUGGUGACUGAGGAGGAUAAGGACCACCCUUUGGUGAGGCUCAUGGAACAGGUGGCGGAGGACCGCCAAACUGGGUAUGAGGAAAUACGCUGUGGCACGUGGGACGGACGCUGGCCCACGCCCAGCGAGGUUCAGAGGAAGCGGCUACAAGCCACCGGGGAUCUCAUGACCCUUUCGGUGGAGAGUGAGGCCUGCCUCGCUUCUGCGGGGAAGGAGAUCACCUGGAGCCGCCUGGACGUCUUUCAAAAGGCAGCUGACGAGCAGUGGCAGAAGUGGACCGAAAACGGCUCAGUGCAGGAACUGAGUGUGGAGGAAAGCCGCCGUGUGCAGGCGGACCUCAAGCGGAGUGGGAAGUCCGGCGACUUACUCACACCUCGGUGGGUUCUGACAGACAAGAACGCGGCGCUGUCAACCCCGGGGAAUCCGCUUCCAGCCAAACCCUCAGCGAGACUGGUGGUGCCGGGGUUUAAGGACACGGCGCACCUUGAGGGACGGCUGAGAACAGAUGCCCCCACCGCCUCGAGGAUCGCGAUCCUGCUCUUGUGCGCGGUGGCGGCACACUUCCCGUCCUGGGAGCUGGUGUCGGCGGACGUCAGAGCUGCCUUUCUCAAAGGCGAUGCUUACAUGGCGGGAUCCCGCACUUUGUACAUGCAGCAACCAGACCGGCGGAAGGGUCCCUCUCUGCCAGGCAUGCGGUUCGGUGUGAUCUUCCGCGUCCUGAAGGGAGUCUUUGGACUCGCAGAUGCGCCACGGCAGUGGUAUCUGCGCCUGUGUCGCACUCUUCAGGAGCAUGGAUGGGUCAAGAGUGCACUUGAUGGUGCUCUCUUUUAUCUUCGUGCCCCCUCUGGCGAGCUCUUGGCUCUGAUGGUGGUGCACGUGGAUGACCUGCUCUUUGCCGGGUGCAAAGCGGCCCUGGAGAUCCUCCGAAAGAUCGGGAAGGAACUGGGAUUCGGUGCGCUCUCGCACUCGGAUUUUCAGCCGCCCACCGUGGGAACCUUACUGAAGGCGGCGCAGCUUGCCCGGGAGCUCAAGAACGACGCCCACUUUACCCUUACGUACCGCCCGGUCGACGUGUGGAAAGGUGGACUAGUGACUGUAUCGGAUGCAGCGCUAGGCAACCUACCGUUGGUGGCAGUUACCGAUGCCAAAGACGUGCAUGAUCGCUGUGGCAACGACCUUGGCUUUGGCGCCCAAAAGAGCUUGGUACUGACGUUAGCUUCGCUUCGUCAACAGCUCAGGGAACCAAACACGGCCAUGAGAUGGACCCACACCGACAACUUGUUUGUCGAUGGAGGUACGAAAGAGAUGGAUUCCGGAGCUCUGCGUACUGUGCUGCCUAAUGGCAAGCUACCCCGGCCUUCUGUGACUUUGGCGAUUCGGGAACGGCUCAGCGCGCACAAGACAUGGCUGCAGCGUCUGGACAUCGAGGACAACAUGAUCGAGUUGAAGAUAGCCAUGCAGGGCAAUGCUCAUCGUCUCCGUUUCCUUGUAUACGAGGCCGAUGCAUACCCGAACAGUGGAGGUAUGAUGAUGAGUGAGGACGAUGCAGAUUCAGACCUAGUGGAAGCCAUCAACACUCUCUUGACCGCGGAGUCGUUGACGGUCAUGGAUGUGUUGCGGGCCACAUCGCAAGCAAGCAAGGUGUCAGACACAGACCUCCUUGCUUGUUUGGAUGACGGUGCGGGAGAUGGUUUGCAGGACCAGCGGCAGUCCGAUGUCGAUGGAAGCUUUGCCUUCGAGGGUGACGAUGAAGGAGAUCUGUGCAUCGAGGCGCCCUCAGAGCGCUCAGAGCGUCCUGGCUGGAAGCGGAUGAAGUGGCAGGAAGUGGAGGACCAAAGACUGGAAGACCAGCGCCUGGCACAGACGCAGCUCCAGAAGCGGCGAAAAGGGGACAAAGGGCAGAUGAACAACGAAGAGCUGAAGGCCAAGGGCGAGCAGAUCUUCAACUCCAGCGAGGCUUUCAACAUCCUGUCUAACGAGCUGUUCCAGCUUCAGACGCACGUGACAACUGGUCUUGAAGCCGAUGCCAUUGACUUCAAUGUCCACAGCUGGGUCGUCAAGCUGCGUGGAUUUUCGAAUGGAAUUUCGGAGGACUUGAACCAGCUGAAGGCACGCUGUGGUUACGACUACGUGGAACUACGAAUAAACUUCCGGGAGGACCUUCAUCCCUUCUAUCCUCCGUCGGUAUCCAUCGUGCGGCCUCGGUUGCUGGGGAGACACGAUGUGCAGGCAGCGUUGGCUUGCCAUCCACGGCUCCAGCUUAAGGGCUGGAGCCCGUUUCAGUCGUCCAGGGACAUGCUCGUCUCCAUCCGCAGUUUCCUCGAUCGGGUGGCUCGAGUGGACUUGGAAAGCGACAGGAAUGCAAUUGUCGAUUUUCCUGAGGGUGCCUUCUCCGUGGUGGAGCAGCAGCUCGGGCUGUUGCGUCGUCUUCGGGGCAUCGUACCUUUAGAUCUUCGACCUGAGACUUUGGGCAAUGCUUAUGAGGAUGACCCAUGGGCACAGAGCGAGGAGCUGCAAUCAAGCUCCUUCAGUGCCAUGCAAUCCGGAGGCAGGAAGUCGACCUCCUCUUCUGCAGGUCCAGGAGCUGCUUCUAGAAGCUCCGGAAGAUGGGCUGCCGGCGUGGGCUAUGGAACGGCAUGCAUGGAAAGAGGACACGAUGGCUGGGAUCCUGCAGCCUUGAGAGCAGCACAGGAGGCUCAGGACCUGGAGCUGCAGCAAGUGGUGUCGUCCAUCAGUAGAAGCCUGCCGCGCUACGACACAGGCAAGGAUGACUUGGCAGACCUGCUGUCCAAGUCAUGUUUGGUACCCUUCCUGGAAGGCGAACUUUCUGCGUCCUACACAAGCAUCAGCGAGAGAUGCGGCAUCUUCCGAGAAGUUUUGGGUAUGGUGAAGCAGCUGCUGGCUAGUCUGCCGCAGCACGCGCCCAUCUUGUUGCAGCCCAUCCGACAACACCUGGCGGCGGCUAAGGCUUCAGCGGAGACCUUCCAGCAUUGUCUGGGAGAGUGCGCCUCUCACGAGGAUGCUGCCAGGGAUGUGGCCUUCGCCAAGCUUGUGGUGGCAACGGCCGAUGACCUGGAGAGGCUUUGCCAUGCGCCAUCGCCACGGUCACUUCCAGCAGGAAGUGCUCAGACGGAAUACUGUCGCUUGCUGUCUGUGCACCAGUUGGACUCGAGCAGCAUUGAAGAUUGGCAUGCCUUUGCACAGAUUGCCCGGAAUGAGCACUGCAUACCACAGGCACGCACGGUUCGUUUGGCCAAGGAGUUAGCCGGCCUGGCUGCAUUGUUGCCGCUGUCGGACUCCUCAUCAGUGUUUGUACGGAACGGUUCACAGCAGCAGCAGCUAUGGCGGGCUCUGAUCACAGGGCCGGAGGACACCCCCUAUGCCGGAGGCUGCUUUGUCUUUGACGUGUACUUCCCCGUUGGCUAUCCGAAUGGCCCGCCAGAAGUAAAGCUCUUGACCACAGGCGGUGGGACUGUGUGCUUCAAUCCCAACCUCUACAGCAAUGGGAAGGUGUGUCUAUCCUUGUUGGGAACCUGGCAAGGUGAGCGAAGUGAGAGCUGGGACGCGCAGACCUCCCGCGCGGUGCAGGUGCUCGUUUCCAUACAGUCGCUGAUCUUAGUGCCACAGCCGUAUUUCAACGAGCCAGGCUAUGAGACACAGAUUGGCACACCUCGGGGAGACAGUCAAAGCAAGGCCUACAAUGCCACAGUUCGCGAGAACUGCAUCAGGUGGGCCAUGAUCGACGUCCUGAGAUCGCCUAUGCCAGAGUUUGCUGAAGCUAUCAAACUGCACUUCAAGCUACGUGGCCCUAAGAUCCAGGAGACAGUCGCAGCAUGGAUUGAAGAGGCCGACAGCGCGGUGCAUCGCGCGAAUCUGGUUGCAUUAUCCCAGCAGCUGAACCGCGAGUUGCAGCGAUGUGGGUAG